AUGCAGCAUAACAAUAAACCUGGAAAUAAUAUGACUAGUGAGUUAGAUAGACGACGUAAAGCCUACAGACGAUGUUACAGUAUACAACCGGAAUUUUCAAAUCGAUAUAAAGAAAUUCAUUCUAUCGGGAAUAUAGUUAUUAAACCACAAAGUACACUAGUAGAAAAUGAUUGUCGCGCCCAACUUGAACAUCAUCAACAACAACAGCCACAAUUGAGAAAGUACAACAAGGCAUUACAGCAUCAAUUCAACUGUGAUCCUAGUCAUUGUAAUGUACAUUUAAAUGAUGUACGGAAGUCAUUUUGUUUCCCAUCGAAUUCACAGUGUCGAAGUUUCGAUGCGGGCGCUAAUGAUGGAUGUCAAUUUCGAUAUGAAGAGCAUCGAGGCAGUAAUUUGGUGUUGCAACACAUCACUGGACGACGUGGAUCAUUUUUGUAUAGACAAGACACUAAUUCAGGUCAUUCACACUACAGUUCAAGGCAUGAAUCAAUCACAGGCGAUGAAUUGAGUAGACAGUAA